CCCUCCCGGAACGGAUCCGGGUGGGGACAUAAUCCAUCUACGCUUCCUCUAAGAGCACAGCACAGCCCUCCCCUGCAUCAUCCAGAUCUGUGUGCGCGUGUGUGUCGUCUCUUCACACGGACACACGCACAAACACCUUGCGGGAUUUCAUUCAGACGGGCUGUAACAGUCAGUGGAUCACGGACUCGGACCCGGGUGGAGUCUGCUGGGCGCCGGUGGAACGGAGCGGACCGGCUGGGCUCUGAUCCAGAAACUAUGCGCUACGCUCUCCAUAUGGUGUCCGUCUGGAGGCUGCCGCUGACUGAGCCUCGCCGCGCGGCUUAACGUUAGGCCGCCUGCGUUCCGAGCGGAUCUGAUAUAUAACUACAUACAUAUAUCUGAUACUGCAGUUUCUGCUGUAGGGCUGGGAGGAAAAACAUGAACAUGUCGGCGCGUUGUUUCCUGUGGCUGCCCGUGCUGCUGCUGUUCGUGGUGGUCGCGCGACAAGGCGGCGGGAUGCCGCUCGCGCCCUCUUCCUCACCGACGACCACCCACAUCAACUCCACGGCGCCUGUAACGGAGGAGCGCAACGCGGCGCGGAACGACACGGACGCGGCCGUGGGGUCGCGCAUUUCCACCAUCCUGAGGGACCUUCCCACCAUCAAAAACGUCGUGAUUUUCGUCUGUGUUUUGACGACGCUGCUCAUCACGUGCCUCGUCGUCAGAGUGUACAGGUCUGGUAAGAAGAUCAGAAAAACACGGAAAUAUGAUAUCAUUACCACUCCCGCAGAGCGCGUGGAGAUGGCGCCGUUAAACGAGGAGAACGACGAGGACGACGACUCAACUCUGUUUGAUGUCAAAUACAGGUGAACUCGCACCAGGAAAGCAACUGCAUCACUGGUGUAAUGUCUCAGCUCCUUGCAUUAAUGAAGAUUUUUCAUCUGAAAUGGAUUCCUACACCUCUUCGUUCCGGCCAUAUUGUUGACUUUUUAUGUCUCACCAGCAUGAAUGAGCCAUGUCUAAUCUUCUGACUGAAUUUUAGACCAUAUCAAAGACUUGUUACUGACUGUUCUACGACUGAGGCCGAGCGGGAGUCUUGGGAGUCUGAUCUUCAUCAAAGGAAUCAUCAUAAAAAUAAAAAAAAAUCAGCUUUUCUCCAUGAAUUCCAACUUUCACAUUCCUGAAAGUUACUAAAAUCGGACACAUCCUCCUUCCUUCAGGAUAGUUCGAGUUGUAUGUUGUGUGUCUGUGAGUGUGUGCGCGCAUGCAGAGACUAAAGUCAGUCCUAACUGAUUAUCCGCCCUCUGAAUGUCCCAGUUUAUUGCACUCUGCUUUUAAAGCUUUGCAGCACAAAAUCAGACUCUAAUUUGAGCUGGAAUGUCUUGUAGUUUUGAAAGUGGUCCAAUAUUCCUGAAAGACUGCUUAACCUUGUUUGUGUAAGGCCCUUAAAAUACUGGAUCACAAGCAAACCCAGCUACUUUAAUGCACAUACUGGACUGAACAUAAACUAAACAGUAUAUCAGAAGUAGAGCUCGGCAGUAUGACAGUAUAUAUCGUUACUGUGAUGCAUUAUGUCACUACACAAUAUGUAUUUGUGAAUUUUCAUGAAUAUUAUCAGUACUUUUAGACCACUGACCAGCUGCCUGGUUUAUUAUAAAAAAAAGAUUGCAACACAGAACAGUAUGCAAAAUACGGAAGAAAAAUCACUGGAGGAGUCACAAUUUUUGAUAUUGCAAAAUAUUUAUAAAAUUUAGUACUACUGGUUUUCUACUUUUUUAUUUGUUAUGACUGAUCAGACAUCAGUUUUAACAAAUAUUGUGACAUAUUGUGUAUUGUGAAAAAUUCUCAGUAUUAUAUAUUUUUGUCAUAUUGCCCAUCUCUUAUCUACAAAUUCAUCCCAAUAGAACUUAAAUGACCAAAAAUAUAUUUUCCAUAAUUGAGUAAUCUAAUAAAUAUAUAACUCUAAAAUUAGGCAUAUACCUAGCCGAAUACAUGGUUAUAGUUUGUUAAAUAGAUGUUUAUUUUCUAAUAGUGACUUCUGAAAAAUUUAUUGUUGUCUGUAAAUACUGUAUAAAAUCAUUCCUCGAAAAUAGUUUAUUUUAAGCAAAAUGUGAUAAAAUCAUUAUAGAUCUAAUAACUAAUAUAUUAACCUCCUAACAUUGUAGGUUUCCAACAUUGUAUAUUGAAUAUCUGUCUGCUAACCAUUAACUGUGCGUUUUUACUGUACGACAAAUUUGUCACAUUUGUAACCUGACGUUGCUAAUCUGAUUUAGCAUUUAGAUUUUAGAUUUUUGUGUAAAAGGGGCUGAGGGCUCCCUGUGUUGCUGCUAUGUGUGGUCAGAGAUAGAUGAUUUGGAAGACACUACGUUUCCAGUGCCCUUAUUUUUAAAUACACUAAAUCAUCACGUUUUCAUCCAUAAGAUGUAGGCAACAAAAACGUUUUAUUGAUUUCAACAAAAACUUAUUAUUUUAUUAUUAUUGUAUAGCAUUCAUAUAAUUGGAGUCAAUUUUGGGAGAAGGACCAUGCCCUGAAUUUCACCUCCUCAUUUCUCAGGACAUAUAAAUCCUCCCAUCCUCCUCUGUCGUUUUUACUUCCUUGACAAACAACAUCACACCCACUCCGUCCUUCCUUCUUCUAUGGAUUAAUUUCAUGUAAGCCCAAAUGUUCUGAGUUCACCUCCCUUUUCCAGCAUUUGUAUGUUACCUGAGAUAUUAGAAAAAUGUAUUUUUAAAAAACAUAAAAAGUAAAAAUUGAGUUUCACCUUACAGAUUUCCUCAGAUACUUUUUACAACAAACAGAAUUGAGAGUACAGAGUUGGACAAAAGACAAAAGUGUUUUUUUUUUAAAGAAAAACAUGUAGCUCAAACAGCUCAAAUUGUGUGAUUAGAAAAAUGUGAUUUCUUGUGAUAUGUUUUCACUGUGGGAAAAAAUUUUAAUGUCCUAACUAGUAGACCAAGUAGCAUUCUUUGACUGCUAAACCAAAGCAUAUUUACCAGGAAAUUGCUUGAUUAUGUAAAGUAUUUAUUUUGGUAAAAGUUUAUUUGAUAGAAACAAGAAAAUUAGAAAAUAAAUUGUAUUUGACUUUAAUUAUUGACAGCAACUCUGCUGAAACCUGCAGGGCACUGGUAAUUUAAUCAUAGCUUAAAAACUGAGUGCGUCAGCAUUUUGGAUUUGUUUAUAGCUGUAGUAAUUAUAUUUUAAACGUGCGGAGCACAUCUGAUGGUUUGGCUGGCUUGAGUUUAGUUCACUCUCUCACCACAAACAAACCACUCCAGAGUUUGAUUAGGAGCGGACCAGAACAACCUCCUCAUGUGGUUGUUUUGGUCCGCACCUGAGUUUGAUUACUGUAUUCAGACCAGGAGUGAAAAUUUAUCGCAAAUUAUCAUACCAUAUACGGACAUAAGCUUUUAUCCUUACUUAAGGAGGAGAGCUCAUUAAAGUGAAUUGGUCAGUAUGUCGGUUUUGUUUAGAAGCAGUGUUUUAAUUUUAAAUCAUAUUUAUUUUUUUAUUUGAAUGAUUUAUAUUCCAAUUACAUUAUCUGAAUUGUCUUAAAAUAUAUUUAAAAAAGUUAGAGUUUUUAAUUGCCAGUGUUGACAGAAACACAAGAGGGUUCAAAAAAAGUUUGAUCUGUUAUUACGUUUUAUUGAUCAUUAUUUAAUAUGCUGUGGGAACUUGUUGCAUAAUAUACUUAUUCCAGAGUAAAGGGUGUGAGCACUGGUAACUUUCCCUGGUAAGAAGUGUUUGACUUGCAGGCAUGUACACACUGCCCUGUUAGCGAGAAGUGUUAUUCCUGUGUACAUAAUGGGUUGAUAUUCCAGACAUAAAUUGGGAGUAGGAGUGACAGAACAGGAAAGCUGCCCUUUCUUCUGUUGUGACUGCAAUAAAUUAUGCUUACAGUAUCCCUGAAAACUGGAGUGUUUUAAAUGUUUUCUCUUCAGUGUUUGAUUUAUGUUUUGGUUGUGGUUUUAAGUGUAAACAGGAAGUACAACUGUGUUACUGUGACUGUCCUGUGAAGACCUUUGUUAUGUGAACCAAUGACUUUUCUUUAUCUUCCAACAUCAAAAUAAACAUAUUAGCUGAUUUAAAGGA